AUGGCGACAGUAGAUAAAUCACCGUUUGAAAUACUUGAUGUUCCUCAAGAUAUUAACUAUGUUAAGCUGCGUGGGGUAUAUAGAAGAAAAAUUCAUGAACAUAAACAAAAGAAAAUAUCGGCAAUUAAUUUUCGACGUAUUUGUCGUGCAUAUGAAACAUUAUCUGACUUUGAUAAACGCAAACGUUAUGAUUCUCAAAAAGAAUGGAUCUCCGAAUUAUCAAUUGAAAACUAUACUCCACAACAAUUAGCUGCUGAACCUGAUCUAUUACGUGAUCUUAAACAGAGAUUACGUACUGCUAAUUUAACACAACUUAAUGCUCAAGAUUCUGUAACAGGUCAUACAACACUUUAUACAGCCGCUCGUUCUGGUAAUUUAGCAGCUGUAAAAUUUUUAACUGAACAAGGAGCUGAACCAGAUUUAUCACAACGUACAAAAAGUACAGCUUUACAUGUUGCUGCUUUUUAUGGACAUGCAGAUGUUGUUCGUUGUCUGUUAGAAAGUGGAGCUGAUUAUCGAAUAGAAAAUUCAGGCAAUAAUACAGCUGAAGAUGAAGCAUAUAAUCAAGAUGUAAAACAAGUAUUUGCUGAACUUAAACAAAAUGCUUACGUACGAGUAGCUGCAAAUGAACUUGAUUGGUUUCUUCAGAAUGGUUUAACACAGCAUCAAGAUACAGAAUACUUUGCUCAGCGUCAAACCUUAUUACAAUGUGCCAGUAAAAAGGGCUAUGAUGAUCUUGUACGUUGGCUUAUAGAACAAAAACUAGUUAAUUUAGAUCUUGUCGAUUUCAAUGGAAAUUCUGCUUUACAUCUCGCUGCUUAUGGUGGUCAUACUUCGAUUGUUGAAUAUCUUUUAAAUUCUGGCUGUGAUUCAACACUUAAAAAUCGAUGGGGUACAACAGCUGAAGAAGAAGGUAGUAAACAUGGAAAUCGUAUUAUUGAUAUUUUCAAACUUAUACGUGCAUAUGAUAUGUUUAAAAUGGCAAUAGAAGGUAAAGAUUGGUGGUUUUAUUAUUAUUUCGAUGAAAAAUCAAAAGAUAUGACAGAUGCAAAUGGUAGAAGUUUACUUUAUCAUGCAUGCCGCGAUGGACAAUAUUCUGUUGCAAAAUGGUUAUUAGAACAUGGAGCUGAUGUGAAUAUACAAACCACGGCUAAACCAAGAAGUACUCCAUUACAUGGUGCAAAAUUUCGUGGUCAUAUUGCAAUCGUUGAACUUUUACUCGAAUAUAAAGCUGAUGUAAACAUUAAAAAUGAUUUUGGAGCUACUGUCUUUGAUGAAGAUAUAUCUGCAGAAGUAGAAAAAAAUAUAGCAAGUAAAAUUAUAGAACUUUUAGCAAAAUACAAAAGCAAUUUAAAAAGUGAUAAAUUGAUUGAGAUUCAUAUAUAUGAAGAUGAUGGUAUGGAACAGGAACCGAUCGGAAAAGUGAAAGUAGGACUCAAAGAUGAAUAUAAAGAUCUAUUGACAUCGUUAUCUAAAAUUUCACUGGAUCAAUAUCGUCAUUUUUCUAUUGCUCGUCGUGCAUUACAUUUUCAAGACGACAAUACAACUAUCAUAUCAGCUGUAGGUUGUGCUCGAUAUACUUCUUCAAAAUUUAUUGAUACACCUAUACGUUUAAUUGAUCACAAAACAUUGUCAACUCAAACAACUCGUCAGGAGCCUAAAUCAGACCUGCGGUCUUUUAUCAAAUUGCUUGACGCUCAUAGUAAAGUGGAACAGUUUUCAUUGAAAGCUCCUCUUAAACAAAAACAAAUAGUUAGCAUCGAUGAUUUAAUGUUUACUUUUGCCGAAAAUUGUAUAACCGAUGAUAUUGAUGUCAAAGUUACAAUAAUUUUCUCACCUGAUCGUGAAAAGUUUGAUAUACCAGGAUGUAUUUGCUUGUUUAAAGUAGAUCUUUACUCAGAUACUCCAAAACUCGUCGAACUACCUGUUGUAUCUAUUACUAAUCAACCAAAUGCUCGUUUAUACACCUUAGCAACACCUUCAACUUAUUGGUUCACUUCAGACACUCGUCGAACACGUUUAUCGACACUAAGCGGUACUCAUGCAUUUAUACGUCAUGUUGAUAUUAUUCCUGGGAAGUUGGCUUUACCUAUAGAUAUGUUUAUCGCAACUGCUCUUGAACAACCAUUAAUAUCAAGAGAUAAUCCUGUACCUUGUAAAUGUAUGAAUAUUCACGAAAGAGACACAAAAUCAUUUCCUCAUGUGGUCUACCAUGGGACAAAUAUAGAAGUCAUUCGAUCAAUUCUUCUUGAUGGAUUCGUUAUACCCGGUACCGUAGUUAGCAGUGGAAAACGUAUUAAUCCACCGAAAAAUCAUAUUGCACGUGAUAAACCAGUUUUUAAUGUUGCUGAUUUUUCUACAGCAAUUUUUGUAAGUCCUAGUAUAUAUUAUAGUUCAGAUCCAGCAUAUGCAAUACCAUUUGUCAAUGGUGAUCAGCAAUUAAUACCUUUAUUAGAAUGCAGUGUUAAGAGUAAUAGUUAUGGUACUUAUCCUUGCACUACAUCACAGUAUAAAGAAAAACCAGGCGAUAAUAUGCAAGCAAUUGAAUGGCGUAUUACAGAUCCAGCAAAUAUACAAAUUAAUUCAAUAUUAUUCAUUACACAGAUUGAAUCAAUUGCUGCAUCUAAAAUGGCACGAAUUACUAAAAUGAACUAG